AGCCUAGUCCACUGAACAUUUCAUACAAUUCCAUCUGUAUGAAGUCUUGAAAGCCUCGGUAUAAGAUCAAUAUGGAUAAAAUGACGCAUGCCGCAGUCUUACAGCUUAUAGGGUGUUAUUACAUACAACAGAAAUAGAUUUCUAUCAGAGAACACUCACUAGAAACAGAGCGCAGCUUAAUAUCGCUUGCCUGUUCAUUAAAAAUAGCCAUUCGAGAAGUGUUAUUGCGGAUAAGCAAACCUCGGAAAAUAAAUGUGUCUGGAAGAAAUAUGCUUCAUGCUGAGUGAAACAGUAAAUGAUGCCACAGAUUAUGAAUUUAUUGAAUGAUGAUUGCAUGAAUUAUUACAACGUGUUAAGUAUUUUCUUUGAUGUUUAAUAUAUAAACACAAUCUUGAUUCAUAACAAGAAAAUCGGAUUCUAAACAAGGAUGUUCAUAGACUAAAAGUGAAUAGUUUGUUUCUAGAAUUUAAGAACAUAAAACUCCUACAGGGAUUUUCAGUAUUCGCAUUUAAAAAAAAGAGAACAGAAACACACAAGUUAUACGAAUGUGUUGGAUCAAAAACAACUAAGAGGGAAAUUAAAUCAAAGAAAAGAAGCGUAAAUUUUGAUUGAACUUACAAAAUUUACUUUGAAGUGUAAGGUGUCCAAGAGAUAGAAAACAGAUUACUAGGAUGAUACCACGCCGCAAGCAAAAGCCAUAAAUCAUAAGCUCCUCUAGAGACUGCAAAAUAUCUGGCCAGGAAAGAAGACACUGCCGCAGGAAAGUCACUGCUAUUUUAAGACCACCUUAUAAAACAUUGGAAGAUGGUAUCUAAUUUCUGCAAACCAGCUUUUAAGAAAAUUAAAAUACCAGUGUUUUGUUUCUAAAAGUAACCGUUGUAGGCAGUGCAAUAACAUACUUGCGAUAUUUGUAAAACAGUUACAGUGGCAUGUGCGUAGUGGCAUCUUUCAGUGAUGACAUCUGACAUAUUGAGUACUGUAUGUCUACUGUUUAUUUAUAAACUUUAUCAUACGAUCUGGAAUUAAGUGCGUGUGUAUCGCAAUAACGGAAAACAGAGAAACGAGAAAAGUGCAAUGUCAUUACAAAUAUCAUUUUCAAUUUUAAUCAAUGAGAUCUUGCGUGUUUAAGCUAUUUGAGAGAAAAAAUAUUUGUACCAGACACUAAAAUAUGUGUGACAUAAUGUGUAAGUCCUUUUGCAGAGGCUGAAUGAUUACAUAAGCGGAAUGUAAAAACGAUAUGAAUAGCAACGGCUUAACAAUACUUAUACUUUGAAAGUGAAUCUAAAAUUUUCUAUAAUGAUUUUUCGAAUACAUUUAAAAUUAUAGUUCCAGUACAGAUUUGCUACAUAUUCUGGCCACGAGUUUGGAAAAGUAAAUUCGGUUACUAAAAAUAACAGGUUCUUGACAAACACUAUGUUUUGUAGUUGAUUUUACAACGAAAGUACAUGUAAAUAUCGUCUUCGAUAAUUAUCAAAAUUAUCAUAGUUAACACAUGCUUGUGAUAUACGUCAUUCACUGUGUUCGCGAACAGCAAGUAUCUGCUUACAGCGCUCAGGCUAUUUAAGAGCAACGCAAUUAUUUCAUAGGAAUUCAACAUUUAACAUCAGAUACGAGCAAAGGAAUAUUGUUUUCCACAUAUCGAUCUCGGACUAUUCUUAUAGAAUUAAAUUAACUUUGCAAAGAAUUUUGUGCAAUUCAAAGUGUGUGUUAAUGCGGUUGUAAAUGGUUAUUGCAAAUAUGGAUACGUCAACUCCUAUUGAGGAUAGCUUUCUUGAAACAUUUGAAGUUUCCUCUUCAACAGCUUCGGCAAUACAGAUGGCGUGGCAUAUUCGUGCUUCAAACAUUCCAUUUGUGGAAGGAUUUCGUGUUCAUUAUCAAAAGGUCGCAAGUACGUACAUUCAGUACGGACCUAAACUGCAUCCCACAGACAACGAAUAUGAGAUAGGUAAUCUAGUAGCUGAUACAUACUACAAAGUAUGUCUUGUAGUUUACCGCAACGACAGCAUUCCCUUUAGGGAGUGCACCGAUGCAUCGACGACAAAUUGGCAAGUUCCUGUUUCCAUAGGAAGUAGUAUUGGGGCCGUUUUAGCUCUUUCAAUGAUUGUUUUCAUUGUUCUGUUAUCACGAUGCCAAUUACCGCUAAAAUACAGACGCAAGAAAUCAAAGAGGUCACAGAAAUACGACACUAUUUCAUCAAACUAUCAUGAUGAUCAGUAUGAAUUCAGUGAAACGGUCACGCAUGGGCCGGACGACGACUAUACAUCAGAGUACGAUCAUGAGGAAGAGAGUUACUACGAACUAUCACCUACGGAACCUCGAAGGCCUAAACAGUUUCUUCCAGAAAAACCUAACAUUCCGAAUGGCUUAGGUAGGAGUCAUGUACAUCCCCAUCAAUUUGCACACCAUCAAAGUCAACACAGAAACUCCCUUGGGCGUAUUCAGUACCCUCCGUCGCAUCAUCACGGGCGCCAGUUUCGUGCAUAUUCUAUACAAGCUGAUGGAAACGUCUGUUUUUUCAAUCAGCCAUGUUCACCAUUAGCAAAAGACCCAAGAAAGAACUCAUUAGGAAAAGAAAGUCGUCAAUCUGAUGACCUAUAUCAUGAUUGCUCACAUGUUCCAGCUGCAAGAAAAACUUCAAUGAAGGAAUUUUCUCCAACGAAAUUUGAACUCUCUUCGGCUCACAAGUUAUGCUCAUCGGCUGCUCAAGCUUUUACUUUUAUUGACGAAAUUCCAGAACAUGUUUCAAAAUCAUCCUUAAACCGGUCGAAUGAGUCAACAGAAAUAUUAUCAAAUUCGAAUUCGAAAGAACCGGCAAAUUUGUUGAUAACUGAUAUAGAUUUUGAUGAUUUGAGUCGGUAUGGAGCAGCAGGCGGAAGUUCGCCACCAGAUAAAUCAAAUAAAACAAUAGAAAUGUCUGCUUCACACAGAAUGCUUGCUGUUCCUGAAAGUGUGUCAUUUGAUGAGCAUUCCGUGUAGGACAGGUUAAUGUCUGUUAUGUUGUUUGCUAUAAAAAGUGUUUUUUAUAAAAUCGGAUGCAUAUGAAUACUCAAAACGUAUGUGGUUUUCAUGAAUUAUAUUUGAAUGAUGUGUAGAGGUGAUGCAAGACAACUAAGCAAUUUCGAUGCUAUUCCACGAGAAAUAGUGUCAUGAAAAAAAAAGCUAUUGUUAACAAUCCCUUUUAGGAAGCACAACAAGAAUGGUUCAUUUUGUUAGAUGUAUCUUGGUUAACGGCGUAAUGUUUUGGUAAUGGCACUUUUUUAAACGUCUCCUGGUUAUGUUUGUUCAAUUCAAAUAAUUAUUCAUAAUACUUCAGUGAUGGAUUUGUAUUGAUAUUGGUCGGCAAAGGACUCGUUAAUAUUAUCCCAGUCAUUGUUUCUGGGGCCAAUUGAAAAUAUAUAGAAACGCAUAGAAGUCAUGUUAUGGCAUUGUGUAAAAAGAUGUAUUCGGUAUUACUUUUAGUUCUAUGGUCGAAGGAACUUUCAAUUCGAACGUUUCAUUUUUGUCUUAAAGAUAGAAGCAAAGUUAUUAUGAAUAUUAAUCAGUCAAUUUCUCGUAAUUACUCAUUUACAAAUCUGUCAGCAUAGUUAAUAUACAUCGACUUAAUGACUGACUAAACAGUUACAUAGGCUAAUAGUCAUUUCAUAUUUAUAUAAUCUGUUGACAUAUCUAGCCUGGAUGAAAUACAAAGUGAUCUUUGUUCUGUACUAUAUUCUUAUACAAUGAAUGUGAUUUGAAGAUUAUGAAAGCAAGUUAUAGAAAAAUGAAACUUCUGUUAUUCUCGAUUCUCUUCGUAUAUAUCUAUCAAAUAGGGACGAAUCACUGCUACAAGCUAAAAAUAGCAACUAUAGGUCAAAUGGCGACUCUCGAGCUUUGAUGGUGGAGGAAGAACCCAGAUGCCCCUCUGUGCAUUAUUUCAUCACGGAUGGGCACCUGGGUAGAACCUCCGACCUUCCGUAAGCCAGCUGGAUGGCUCCAUCACAUGAAGAUUUCAACGCCUUGAUAGACGUAAUGAGCUGAUAGAGAUAUCAACAUCAAUAUACGGGGAGAAAAAAAUACGGUCAUAACACAGUUCUUAACGACUGCUGAUAGUCAAAAUAAAUCAUAUCGUAAUGCAUUGACAACUUUUAAAAUCUGUAGGUAAAUGUUAUUUUUUUCUGUAAUGCACAUUUGCACACCAUCAUAGUAUAAACAUUACCUUAACGACGUCCCUUCGCUUUCUACUAAAAUAGUAUUUUAAUUUGAUAACUACUGUAACAACAGUUUAACUUUAAUUUGUUACUUUUUGACUACAUUUGUUACAUUCACAGACUACUGUCAGUGUCAUAGAUAUGAAAUUAUUUAAUUUUAGAUGAAACAGUUAUUUUCUAGAAAGUGUAUAGAUUUAGUGAUAUGUAUUUAAGAUGGCUAAUGAAACCGCAAAAUGUUUUCUACGGUAUAUUUUAUGCAUACAUUACUUAAUAAAUUUUAACUUACUUGUUUA